AUGUUGCUGAGCCUUCUUUCUGGUUUGAUCAUGGGAGCGGCUGUCCUCUUUGUUCUUUACCGCUGGGUGAUCCCCACGGCUGUGCAGUAUCAUGGAGGACUGGCACUACUGUGGCAUGAUGUCAUCGUGGAGCGUGCACUGGACACCUUGACCCGGACUUCACGUCCUCAACGUAUUCUGAAGGCAGUGCAGAGGAAAGCCACUGUAGGAGACCCCCAGAGUGUGAUCACAGCCAUCGACCACUUCUGCAGACAUAGAGAAUGGGCCAUGAAUGUGGGGGAUGAGAAAGGCUCCAUUCUGGACUCUGUGGUCAAUGAAGUGAGUCCAGUCACUGUCUUGGAGUUAGGCACUUACUGUGGCUACUCAACAGUACGCAUAGCCCGCCUAUUACCCCCUGGAGCCUGUGUCAUUACCUUGGAGUUCAACCCAGAUUAUGCUGCCAUUGCUCGUCAAGUCAUCAAAUGGUCAGGACUGGAAGAUAAGGUGCAGCUAGUGGAGGGAGCCUCAGGAGACUGGAUCCCUUGGAUGAAGGAGCAUUUCGGGGUCCAGGCGUUUGACUUAGUUUUCCUGGACCACUGGAAAGAGCGCUACCUUCCUGACACAAAACUGCUGGAGGAGUGUGGUCUCAUACAGAAAGGCACAGUGCUGCUGGCAGACAAUGUAAUCUGUCCAGGAACCCCUGACUAUCUGGAGUACGUCCGCAACAGCCCUCACUACAACAGCCAGUACUACAGAUCCCACCUGGAGUACACCAAAGCAGAGGACGGCUUGGAGAAGUCUGUGUUCUUAGGGUACUAGCCAAACAUUGAACCUCUUGUUUUAAAACACUGUAACUCUCUUUGUAAUGUAUUUUUUG